AUGCACCGCACCAAUCGGCCGCUCCUCUCCCCUCUCCCAUCUGCCGUAACAGUGAGUGGACUGCCCGGACACGCAAUGCGUCCAGCACAUGCAUUGAUUUGUUUCCUUAUUGGUGUGUUUAUCACAUGCGUGGUCGGUCAGGUUUUGUGGUGAUUGAAUCUGUCCACCCUAGACGGGCGUCUGCUCCAGUGAUGCCACCGGAUGAGCCGGUGGGUGAGCCGGGGUUUGGAAGAGGCAGAGAGACACACUCGGGUUCCUUUCUGUUUGUCCAGUCUUUCUCUCUCAGGAGUGAUCGCUGCCGUCAUUAUAUUUUGCGGAUCGUUCUCUGCUGUUAUGCGGCUGCCUGCUGUUUUCUCUCUCUCCCCCACCUGUCGCCAGUACGUCCCUCCUUCGAGUGUGCACCUCUCCCUGCGCACACAAUGACCCCACCGCCCCACCCCAAACGGCACCACUCUACCCAAGAACAGGUGCGCUCACACACACAUACACACGCACACACACCUGGAUCAUGUCUGUUUGUCUUUGUGUGUUGCUGUGUGUGCUGGCCGCAAUCUCCUCGCCGUCGCCCACCCCACCCCACUCGCCCAUCUCAAUCAGUCGUCGUUGCGCCCCUGACCCUCCCCCGUCUAUCCAUGGCGCACGUGGUUGUGUUUUCUCAAUACUGUGGAUGGACGGGGUCACGGCCAGCUAAGCUGCCACCGCAGACACACACGCACAUGGCGUAGUGAGACCGCACACCUUGUGUGUGGCAAACACACACAGACAAACGGGAUGGAUGGAUGGAUGUGACCCCCUCCCCCACACCGCUGUCUGGGCAAUGGGAGUCGGUGACCACACCCACGCACCGGUAAGCGGGAAUGGAGGGAGUCUGAGACACAGUGUAUGGCCGCAGAGGGGGGCAUGCGCAAUACAAACCAUUUCGACGUGUUGGCAUGUGGUUCACUGUGUGUUGUGGUGCAGGCGGGGAAUGCACAGAGGAGGGUGGGCAUCGUUGCCUACAUUUUAUAUCUGGUGCUCCCUUGCUUGAUUGGUGCGUACUAGUGGUGAACAUCAAAGUGUUCUGCAGAGACCUUGUCAGUCUGAUUGACCGCCCAGCUCUCUAGUGAGGACGGGAUGGGGGGCGAGCGACUGACGCAGCUGAUGUGGAGCUGCUUGUUGUGGUGGUGCAUGUCAUUGGUCGGCUGCCAGCGGAUGGACAGCGGGAUGAGAUAAACACAAGACUUUGAGUGAUUGCG